CGCUACUAUGAUGGGCAGGAGGGUGCCUGUGGCUGCGGCGGUGCGAAUGGCGGCGCCGCUUUCUCCUGGCAGCUUGGCAUCGGCAACGGAGUUUACACAGCUGCCGGCUCCCAGGCUCUCUACGACACGGCUGGUGCUUCGUGGUGUGGCGCGGGCUGCGGUAAAUGCUACAACUUGACCUCGACGGGACAGUCGGCUUGCUCUUCUUGCGGCACGGGCGGCGUGGCGGGCCAGAGCAUCAUUGUCAUGGUUACAAAUCUGUGUCCUAACAAUGGAAACGCGCAGUGGUGCCCAACCGUGGGAGGCACCAACCAGUACGGCUACAGCUACCACUUCGACAUCAUGGCACAGAACGAGGUAUUUGGAGACAAUGUCGUUGUUGAUUUCGAGCCCGUCGCUUGCCCAGGCCAGGCUACUUCUGACUGGCAACAAUGCCUCUGCGUCGGAAUGCAAGAGACCGACACCACGCCUGUGCUAGGAGGCGACACGUCUCCGCCGCCGGGCAGCAGCUCAAGCCGGCCGCCAGCAUCCGCAACAUCGUCAGCACCAACCGGCAGUGGGACACAAUCACUCUACGGCCAGUGUGGAGGUACUGGGUGGGCAGGCCCUACAGCUUGUGCGCCCCCAGCCACCUGCAAAGUGCUGAACCAGUACUACUCCCAGUGCCUUGAUUGA